UUCGUCGUCGUCGAACACAACAACAGCACACGAAGAGAGCUCGCGGGCAGAAGAGGGUGAAUAAUUUCAAAGGUGGAUGCUGCACUAAUUUAUUAUUGCUAUAUUUUGGAGUGUUCAUGGCCAAAUCUAGGCGGAGAAAAGCGCCAGCGAAUUAGGCACACACGCCAAGGUUGCAGCAUCCCCGCGCGAGUGUUUGUGGUGCGAAAAGUGGGGUUUGUUUACAUUUUGGAACCAUUGCUGCUCCCGUGGAAAGGGGUUUUUAUUUUGUGGCACUGAUUACGAUUCUGUGAGGUGAGGUGCAAUCUGUGGUCUUAUCAGUAAGUGGAUGCAAAGUGGACGUGUUUAUCAUGGGGAUCUGAGCCACUGCUGCUGGAGGUACACAAAGGGACAUCGUCGAUCGAUCGUGAUUUGAGCUGGUUGAGCUUUGGACGGAACGGAAUUACGAUGCGCUGGAUUGUCAACCUUGAGGGCGGUCCUCGUCGGGUCAAUCAUGCGUCCGUGGCCGUGGGGGACUUUAUCUUUUCGUUCGGUGGAUAUUGCACGGGGGAAGAUUAUCACUCGACCAGCGCCAUAGAUGUGCACAUCUUGAACACGAACAAUCUACGCUGGACGCUGGCUCCGACGGUGAAGGAUGAGUAUGGCGUGCCGUGCAAAUAUCCGGAAGUUCCGUUUCAGCGUUACGGUCACACGGCGGUGGCCUACGACAACAAGGUAUACAUCUGGGGAGGUCGGAAUGACGAAAUCGUGUGCGACAUUCUGUACUGUUACGACACGAGAACGCUGAAGUGGAGCAGACCUGCGGUCACGGGAACGGUUCCUGGAGCUAGAGAUGGCCACUCGGCUUGCAUCUACGGCAAUCGGAUGUACAUCUUUGGUGGGUUUGAAGAGACGAUUGACAAGUUUUCUUGCGAUGUCCACUACCUGAACCUGCAAACGAUGACCUGGACGUACGUUGACACCCGUGGCGAACCGCCAUCGUUCCGGGAUUUCCACUCGGCCACCAUUGUGAACCACAAAAUGUUUGUAUUUGGCGGACGAGGCGAUGCCUGGGGUCCGUACCACUCACAGGAAGAAAUUUACUGCCCGAAGAUUGUUUGUCUAGAUCUCAGAACGAACCGAUGGGAAAUGCCCAACACAACCGGAGAGGAACCACUCGGGCGGAGAAGCCACUCGGCGUUUGUGUACAACGACCACAUCUACAUAUUUGGCGGUUACAAUGGUAACCUCGAUUUGCACUUUAACGAUCUCUACUGCUUCAAUCCGGAACGCUACGUUUGGCGGUUAGUGCGGCCACGUGGUCAAUCGCCCAGGCCACGGCGGCGGCAGUCCUGCUUGGUGAUUGGUCAACGGAUGUAUCUGUUUGGAGGAACCUGCCCAUCCCACACAACCGACCCAACAUCCUACGAUUACAGCGACACUCACGUGCUAGAUUUCCACCCCACGCUCCGCACGCUGGCCAUGCUCAAGGUGUUGGAACACAAGCUGGACACGUCGUGUUUGCCCCGGGUCAUCAAAAUCGAAAUCCGCAACAUGACCACGCCGAACAAGAUCAGCCGCUCGCUGGUCAGUGGCUAGAGGUACGUGGGCGGCGUCGCCGUCGCCGCCGCCACCGGAUGGGUUUGCUGCGGUUCCACGGCGGUGAGUCUGUUGCUGGCCGCGCUGUGCGAUCUAGUUAGUAAUUUCUGGUAAAAACAUUUCGUGUAGUAAGUUUCGUUUUUCGUUGUCCGUCGUUGCAAUGUUCCCAAACCAGGAAGCAUAAAAAGAAAAGAAAAAAAACCGUAGAAUUUAAUCUAAAGUAACAAGGUAAGAUAGGGUGGGAUGGAUUUUGGCAAAAAGUGCAAUCAAAAAUUAUCGUUUAGGGAAACAGAUUUUCUCACCUUUUUCCAAACUGUUGGGAUAAAGUGGCUGAAACUAUUGUACAGAAUAUACCGUUGUAAUUUUAUAAAUCUGGAUAAUCGACAGCAAAACUUCAAAUCAACCAUUUUAGUGGCAAUCGACAUAAAAUAAACAAUAACAAAUAUUUAUAAAAAGUGGAAUAUAUCAAAUACUUGUAUUAAAUUUGUUCGGUUGGCGAGGAUUCAUUGAAAAAAAAACAGUUAUCAAUUUUGUCAGAAAUCGAAUGAUAAUUUAGAAAUCUUGCCGCAGAUUUCAUUUUUAUUUAGAACGGUGAAACAAUUCUUCAAGAACUUCAGUGUGUUUUUGGUUAAACCUUAGUUUCAAGUGUAAAUAAAUUUUGUGUAAGUUACGAGAUAAUACAUUUUGCUAUCAAUAAA